AUGUGCGCCAAGAGCAGCACCGCUCCCCUCGACCGGCUCAAGAUACUUCUCCAGGCCCAGAACGUCCACUACCAACACCACACCGUCCUCUCGGGGUUUGUCGCAAUCUUCAGGAAGGAGGGCGCGCGAGGGUAUUUCAAAGGCAACGGAGCCAUGAUGGUUCGCAUCUUCCCCUAUGCUGCCAUCCAGUUCAUGUCUUACGAACAGUACAAGAGACUCCUGAGACCUCACUUCAGAACAGACACUCACACCUACAAACUGGUGGCAGGAAGUAUGACUGGAAUCACAGCAGUCACCUUUACCUACCCUCUGGACAUGGUGCGAGCCAGACUGGCCUAUCAGGUCCACGAGAGAAGAUAUCGAGGUGUGUGGCACACCCUCAGCACUGUUGCCAGGGAAGAGGGAGGGGCGAGAGGCCUCUACAGAGGCUAUGUCCCCACAGUUCUUGGCAUGAUUCCCUAUGCUGGUGUGGCUUUCUACUCAUAUGAGGUGCUCAAAUCUUUGAUGAUGGAGAAGUUGCAUGGCUCUGCCACCAAGCUGUCCCUCGAUGGAUCAGGGACGGUAGUCCUUACUGUACCAGCCACCUUGCUCUGUGGAGGUCUGGCUGGAGUGGUUGCUCAGACUGUGAGCUAUCCUCUGGACGUGGUUCGCAGAGUCAUGCAGGUCCAUGGGAUGGUGGCUGACCCUGCCACUGCGCCUCGUCUCCUCCAGGUCUUGGGGGACAUCUACCUCCGUGCUGGACUGGCUGGUGGCGUGUUUCGUGGCAUGUCACUCAACUACUACAGAGCCAUGCCUCAAGUAGCCGUCUCUUUUUGUGUGUAUGAACUCCUGAAGCAGUUGUUAGGGAUCAGUUCUUAA